GACACCACGCCUAAUCAGCUUAUUUGUAACUUGACGGUUACUUUGAAGGAGAGCGGCCUCAAGAAAACCGAGGGCAAACACGCCGAUCGUUCUCGUAAGGAAGCUCAAGCGGCCCAGCUAGCUGAGAAGGAGGCUAAGAAAAAAAUCAGGCCUGAGGAUAUGUUUAAAGGUCAAACUGAUAAGUACUCCAAGUUCGACGAGCAUGGUAUCCCUACGCACGAUGCGGGUGGUGAGAAGCUCACUAAAAGCGCUUAUAAGAAGCUUCACAAGGAAUGGGAGAAGCAGAGGCGUUUGUAUGAGAGUAGCCAUUGA